AAAAAAGAACAACUAUCCAGAUAAAGAAGAAUUCAAGAUCAAGAAGUAAAAGGAUUCAUUGCAUGUGACUAGCAUGUCAGGUAGUAUUCCACAUUUCCACUCCCAAAGUUCUUUUCCUCCCUCUAGAAAAGAAAUCCCAAAACAACCACAUUUCAUAUAUAGAAGUAUGUCAUAAAAAUUGAAGUAAAUUUUUUGAUAUCAACAACAUAAUUUGACAAAAACAAGCUAGGACUAGGAGAUCAGGAGAUCAGGAGAUGGCUGGGCUAUUUGACAAGCAGGCAGAUUUAUAUUUAGAAGGCAGGCCAAAUUAUCCAAAAGAAUGGUUUUCCUGGUUAGCUGAUCGCACCUCUCAACACUCCUUAGCUUGGGAUGUUGGAACUGGCAAUGGCCAAGCUGCUAUUUCUGUUGCUGAGCAUUACAAUCAAGUCAUAGCCACAGACGUAAGUGAACCUCAAUUAAACCUGGCAAUCCAGCAUCCUCAGGUCAAGUACAUUCACACACCACCAUUUCUAUCAAACAAUGAACUCAUAUCAUUAAUUGGACCUGAGAGCUCGGUCGAUUUGAUCACCGUAGCCCAAGCAGUCCAUUGGUUUGACCUCCCAAAUUUCUACUCCAUGGUGAGCCAGUUACUAAGAAAACCGGGAGGAGUAAUUGCGGUUUGGUGUUAUAAUGACAUUGUUGUAAGCCCUACAUUCGACCCGAUAAUGAACCAAUUCCAUAAGUCGACCUUACCCUAUUGGGAUCCGAAGAUUCAAUACGUGUUUGACGGGUAUAAAACAUUGCCAUUUCCCUUCGAAGAAAUUGGGCUUGGGCGUGAGGGGCAUCCCAUGGAAUUGGAGAUUCCGAAAAUGGUGUCUUUCAAGGGGUUCAUGGAGAUGUUGAAGUCUUGGUCAGCUGUUACAACUGCUAAGGAAAAGGGUGUGGAUUUGUUGAAUGAGAAUGUGGUUACAGAAUUGAUGAAUGCAUGGGGUGGAUCAGAGUUGGUCAAGCAUGUGAGUUAUAAGGCUUUUAUGAUUGCUGGAAAGGUUAGAAUUUAACUUGGGAUCAAUGUCAAAUGGGGAUUUUGGUUCGAAAGGAAUUAUGAUGUUGUUGCAUAAAAUAAGCUUGGUCCAUUUCUUUAUACUAAUAAUGUUGCAUAGAGAAUUUCUCGAGGUUGCAACAAGAACUCAACAAGGUUUGUUACAUAAUCUACAUUUGAAGUUGUUCAAACAUGUUGAUACAAUUUUAUUUCAA